AUGGUCGUUUUCAGCGAACUUGGAGCCGGCCAGUCAAACAUGGUCAACAUGUAUUAUGGGGAUCGCUGGCGUCUGCACAGAAAGCUUACUCAUAUGGGAGUCGGCCUGCAACAAGUUCGGAAUUAUCGCGGUUUCCAGAAUGACGAAAGCAAAGUAGUUGCAUUUGAUCUUUUACGCGAGCCAGAGGAAUAUGUCAAGCAUUUCGAGCGCUAUGCGACGAGUGUAGUUUCCAUAAUCGGGUUUGGCAGACGGGUUGCUACAUUCACAGAUCCGAUCAUCACGGAGGUGAUUGCACUUAUGCAACGCGCGGCUGAGUUGAAUGUACCUGGCAAGACGUUUCCCAUGCUGAUGGAAUCGUUCCCUUUUCUUGCCAAGUUUCCAAAUUGGAUGGCACCCUGGAAGCAUGGUCUAGGUCAAGGCCAGAGCCGUGGUAGACCCUUCUUCUAUGCCCUGGCCGAAGAAGCCGCGACAAGUGAAAGAAAAGGGCAAUGCUAUGCAAAGAAGGUAUUUGACGAAGCGCCGAAGCAUGGCCUUUCAAGAAUGGAAAUAUCUUCGCUCUCGGGGAAUCUUUUCGGAGCAGGUAGCGACACUUCCAGCUCAACGCUUGUGACAUUUGUUCUAGCGUGCUGUGCAUACCCAGAAGCGUUGAGAAAAGCAAGGGAAGAACUUGAUCGCGUGGUGGGACCACACCGGAGCCCGACUUUUGAGGACGAACCCGACCUGCCAUACGUGAAGGCGCUGAUGAAAGAGGUCUUUCGGUGGAGAUCUGUGGCUAUUAUUGGAGGGCAGCCACAUGCGCCGAUCAAAGACGAUCACUACAAGGGUUGGUUGAUACCAAGAGGCACUUGGGUCCAAGGAAAUGUGUGGGCCAUUCAUCGUCAUGAACGAGAGUUUCCGGAUCCAGAUCGUUUUCACCCUGAUCGGUGGAUCAAGGGGAGUGCGGAAUCGCGUCCAUUUCCCAGUGAAAAGGGCCACAUGACUUUCGGAUGGGGACGGCGAGUAUGUAGUGGACAGGGGUUGGCGGAACAGGGGACCUUCAUCACAAUUGCACGCCUACUCUGGGGAUUCAAUAUUGAGAAAGCCCUGGACGAGCAGGGAAAAGAGGUGAAUGUGGAUAUCUUUGAUUUCACCAACGGCCUGAACAUGAGACCGAAUCCAUUCAAAUGCCAAAUUACACCUCGCAGCUCAGAGAUCAGUGCCACUAUUGAAAGAGAGGGUCAACAAGCAUUGCAAGACCUGUCAGAAUACGACGGUGAAACGAAGUAUCGUAUGAGCACGUAUUAUGGCAUGGAAAAACUCCAGUAG